AUGUCAGAAAAGAAAAGAACAAUACGGGAAUAUUCCUUACGCUCUUUUCUUGUGAUGUCCAGAUGCGCAUGUUCUGCUCCUGAUGAGAUAAGUCCAACAGAAGUAGAAAGUUUUUUCAGAGCUGGGAAGGAUGCUAAGAAGCGAAGAACCACAGGAAAUAAGGUAGCCCAAGAAUACGAACCUUCUGGCUUAGACGCAUUGGCCACUGCAGCAGUUCUUGGAGACAAUGUUGGUGACCCAGGUAACCAUGCAGGCCGCUUUAAAACCCUCAUGCUGCGCAAGAAGAAACGCCCAUCGGAACGCGAAGCAGAAGUCGCCCAGGGAAAGGACCAGCAUCACCCUAAGGACGAAUCAGAAACGGACGUUGCAUCUGGACUUGCAUUGCUGCAUAUGAAUCAUUCCGAAAAUGAAAGAAGCCCAAGUGGAGUCCAAAUGCAGGUUGCUGAAACCAGCAAGGGACAACUAGACUUGAAUUCCCAUCCCAACCGCGACGAAGACAUGUUAGCAGAACCAACUGGACUUAGCAUGACAAGCCUUGUUCAUUCCCCGAGCCAUCAGUUGGAGAUGUAUUUGAAGCCGAAUGGGUUUGGAAAUUUUGUCUCCCGUUUAGUCUCAACAGCUGGUGGUGAGAGUGAAUGCCGCCCACCUGAUGAUGGCCGGCAAGCAGCUUUUGCCAGCGAGCAGCAAGACAAGGGUGAUGAAAGGUGA